AAAGUUAUAGUUCUCCGAUCCGGGUCCAGUCCAGCACACGGUGGAUCGCCAUGUCGGCCAAGAACCAAAUGAGUGUCUUCAUGGAGAAGAUCAACACGACCCUACAGUCGUGUCCCAUCAGCGUGUGCAUCAAUGAGCCGGAUACGCACAGUGCCAGCACAGAGAUACUGCAGACCACGCCAGAGGGAACGCUAGAGAAGCCAAGUGUCAGCUCCAACGCAGCCACAUCAUCCUCUAAGACCUCCACAGCGCUAAACGGCAACUGCAUAGCCAUCAAUGGAGGAGUAGGCUCUUCAGGAGAGGCAGCCAACACUAGCACUGCGUCCGGAGUGACCAAGAUAACGAUAACCAGCGAGAAUAGCAGCAGUAACAGCAGCAACAACAACAACAACAACAACAACAAUAAUACCGCCAGCGGAGCCAGCCACAUCCAGAGUGGCUACAAGAACAGCAGCCUAGUGUCCAUCACCAGCCUAAACAGCUGCAGUGAUCUUAGUCAGGGCAGCACAGCCACAUUGCCUCUAAGCAGCAGCAGCACCACCUCAAUAAGCCCAGUCAACACUCAUCCCUUGAGUCAUCAUUCCCAACAGAACAACUGCAACGGCAACAGCAAUAACAACAGCAGCAGUAACAUCAACAGCAACACCAACAACAGCGGCAGCGACACAUCUUCCAAUAAUAAUUUCCAAGAGCGAUUUGACUUUGACCACUGGAAGGGCCUGCUCAGUGACUACAACUGCUUCCACGGACUCUAUCGCUACUGGAAUCAGUACAACGGACGGAGCAACACCAGCAGCAGCAGCGGCAGCAACAGCAGCGAAGGCAACCUCCAAGGGAGCAGCAGCAACGGCAGCCGCCGACAGCAGUCACAGUCAGACCAUGAGAGCAACGGCCUGGGCAGCGGAUCUGGAUCCUUCUAUACCCACAACAUAUUAGGCUAUACCUUUAAUUAUCCCUUUGGCCUCAAGGAGGACGGUCUCGACGGCAACGGGAAUUGUCACAGCAACACCAGUACUUUAGGCUUCAGGAAGUCCAUAGCGGACAACGGGAGCAGCGGCAGCAGCAGUGAGACGCCGCUUCAGAAGCACUAUCGUCAGCAGCAAAAGAAGAAGAUGCCCGUGUUUAGGGGGAGGAGAGCCUGGUGUGGGUGCUUUAAGGACGAUGAGCCACCCGAGAUUUGUGUGGUGGAAGGGGCGUUCACCCUGCAGACGCUCACGCCCACCCAGCCAAUGCCGGCGGUGGAUGAGCUGGACAGCAAGUUCGCGGAGCUGGUGGAGGAGCUCGACCUGACGGCGCCCAACAAGGAGGCAAUGCUGAGUCUGCCGGCGCAGAAAAAAUGGCAAAUCUACUGCUCCCGCAAGCUGCCACUGGACGCUGGAGAUGGGCCCGAUGCGGCGGCCAUUACUCAACCGCCGACGGCGGAGCACUACAUCGAGCGACUCAAGGAGCUGGUGGUGCAUAUAUCCCUAUCGCCGGAGGAUUCACCCAGCCAUGAGCUGGGCAACCGACUCGAUGGUCAUGCCGCCUUCGUGGACGCCCUAAAGACCGCCCUGCGUACCUCGACGCACAGCUUUGUGCUGCGCUUCGUGGAGCUGGAUGGUCUGCCGGCUUUGCUCGAUCUUCUGCUGCAGCUGGACAUCCGGGUGGCCAAUAGUCCGCUGCACACCAGCCUCAUUGGCUGCAUCAAGGCGCUGAUGAAUAACUCAAUGGGACGCGCCCAUGUCCUGGCCCAUCCGACGGCCAUCGACACGAUUGCCCGUUCGUUGGCGGCGGACAACAUAAGGACCAAGAUCGCCGCUUUGGAGAUACUGGGAGCGGUUUGUUUGGUGCCAGGCGGACAUCGUAAGGUGCUGCAGGCCAUGCUCCACUUCCAGGAAUUCGCCACGGAGCGAACCCGCUUCCAGAGCAUUGUCAAUGACCUGGACAGGUCCACCUAUGCUUAUAGGGACAAUGUCAACCUCAAGACGGCCUUGAUGUCGUUUGUGAACGCGGUGCUUAACUAUGGCCCCGGGCAAGAGAAUCUCGAGUUCCGGCUGCAUCUGCGCUACGAGUUUCUCAUGUUGGGUAUACAGCCGGUGAUUGACAAGCUGCGGACGCAUGAGAAUGAGACGCUGGACAGGCAUUUGGACUUCUUUGAAAUGGUCAGAGCCGAGGAUGAAAAGGAGUUUGCCCGCCGCUUUAAUGAGGAGCAUGUGGACACCAAGAGCGCUGGAACCAUGUUUGAGCUGCUGCGCCGCAAGCUCAGCCACUCGCCCGCCUAUCCCCACAUGCUCUCCCUGCUGCAGCACAUGCUCCUGCUGCCCUAUACUGGCCACUGCACGGAGCACUGGCUGCUGAUUGAUCGCGUGGUCCAGCAGGUUGUGUUGCAGGUGGAGCAGCGUCCUAGCAGCGACCUCAUCUCGGAUCCCGAGGACCCUGGGAAGCAGCUAAAGCUAGCCAGCGACUCUCCUGUACACGAUCCCGAUGUGGCUCCCCUUCAAAUCGAUGUGGGCAAGCUGGUGCGUCUGCUGGUCAAGGAGGAGCAGCUGACGCAGGCCCGCAAGCGUGCCGAUGAGCUGGAGCGUGAGAACUUUGAUGUGCAGUCGCGGCUGGCGAAGAAGGAGCAGGAGCUUGACCUGCGCAUGCAGGAGAAGGAGGACCUGGAGACGGGUCUGGCGCGCAUGCGUGAGCGCCUGGAGAAGGAGUCGGCCCAGCACUCGCAGGCGGUACAGCGGGCGCAGACAGCUGAAAUGAAGGCGGAGGAUCUGCAGCAUCGCCUGCAUAGCGAGCAGCAGGAAAGGGCAAGGCUGGAGCGCCUGGUCACCGAGGGCAGCAUACCCGAUGACCAGAAGGUGGCCGGCCUGACGGGGUGCAAUGGGGCUGUGUCGCCACCACCGCCGCCGGCCAUGCUCAAGGCCAUACCGCCGCCACCGCCACCGAUGGCGCCGGCCAUGAUGCCACCACCGCCGCCGCCCUGUCCGGGAGCACCGCCACCACCACCAAGCAUGGCGCCAACAAUGGCUCCUGCACCACCCAAGGUGGAGCUGCCCAAGAAGAACGUGCCACAGCCCACGAAUCCUUUAAAGAGCUUCAAUUGGUCCAAACUACCCGAUGCCAAGCUCCAGGGCACCGUCUGGAGUGAACUGGACGAGAGCAAGCUGUACAACAACAUGGAGCUGGAGUCGAUAGACAAGCUGUUUUCGGCCUACCAAAAGAACGGGGUGUCGGCCACCGAUGGCUCUUAUGAGGAUUUGCGUGCAACUGGCGGCAAGCCGGCCAAGCAAAAGGUGCUUUCAGUGAUCGAUGGACGCCGGGCCCAGAACUGCACCAUUCUGCUGAGCAAGCUGAAGAUGAGCGACAUGGAAAUAUCAAAGGCCAUUCUAUCGAUGGACAGCAAUGAGCAGCUGGCACUGGACAUGGUCGAGCAGCUGCUGAAGUUCACGCCCUCGGCGGAGGAGCGGGCCCUGCUGGAUGAGCAUAGCGAGGACAUUGAGUCACUGGCCCGAGCCGAUCGCUUUCUCUACGAGAUAUCAAAGAUUCCCCACUACGAGCAGCGGCUGAAGAGCCUGCACUACAGGAAGCGCUUCAUGCUGACGGUCAAUGACCUCAUACCGCGCAUCACCAGUGUGAUGGAGGCCUCGCGCGAGGUGGCACGUUCCCGACGCCUGCGCAAGCUCCUAGAGCUGGUCCUGGCUUUGGGCAACUACAUGAACCGAGGAGCCCGCGGCAAUGCCUCCGGCUUCCGUCUGGCCUCGCUCAAUCGGCUGGCCGACACCAAGUCCAGUGCCGCCAAGGGCACCACCCUGCUGCACUAUCUCGUCCAGGUCAUCGAGCGCAAAUUCAAGGAUCUGCUGAAGCUGGAGGAUGACAUUCCGCAUGUCCGUGAGGCUUCCAAGGUGUCGCUGGGCGAGAUGGACAAGGAUAUUCAGAUGCUGCGCACCGGCCUGGGGGAUGUGGCCCGGGAAAUCGAGUUCCAUCGCAGCUCUGGCCCUGCCCAGCAGGGCGAUCGCUUUCUGCCCGUGAUGCGCGAGUUCCAUGCCUCGGCCUCGGUCCGCUUUGCAGAACUGGAGGACAAGUUCCAGGACAUGAAGACCCGCUUUGAUCGCGCUGUCCGUUUGUUCGGGGAGGAUGGUUCCGUGCUGCAGCCGGACGAGUUCUUUGGCAUCUUUGAUUCGUUCUUGGGCGCCUUUGCCGAGGCAAGGCACGACAACGAGAGCUUCCGGCGGCGCCAGGAGGAGGAGGAGAAGCGGGCCAAGCAGGAGGCGGAGCUCAAGAAGCGCACCAUCGAGCGGAAGAACAAGACAGGGCUAAUGAGCAGCGUGGCCCGCAAUUUGGGCUUAAAGUCGGGCUCGCCCAACUCUGGACCGGAUUCGCCAGCCAAAGGAGCCUCUGGGGGCGACAACAAGGGCGAGUUUGAUGACCUUAUCUCGGCCCUGCGCACGGGCGAUGUCUUUGGCGAGGACAUGGCCAAGUUCAAGAGAUCGCGCAAGGCGCGCGUGCUCAAUGGCAGCGGGGAUACGGGACACACAUCACCGCCGCGCCAUGGCAGCCUGCAGCGGGAGGAGAGCGGUCGGGAGAGAGAGCGCACAGUGCGGCGCCAGUAGGGGCAAGGGGAUGGGGAUUAACCUCCCCUAAGUGUAACAUAAAGUUGAAUGUUAUCGCAAGUAUUUUUUUUAUUUUUUUUUUCUCGCAAAGACACACACACACACACCCUUUUUGUAAUUAUUUAUAUAUAUUCUACCUACGAUUUACGUAUACAUAUAUAUAUAUUACACCUAAAUAUAUAUAUAGCACAUCCGAUAAGUAUAUAAUCUAAACGUAAAGCUCGGCUAAUGCAAGCGUCAAACCAAAUUUUUUACCAUAACUCGAAAAUCGACAAAUCGCAGUGUAAUUCUUAACUUAAAGUCUAAAGAGAAGUGUUACGAAGGAGAUAUAUACAUAUAUAUAUAUAUAUAUAUAUAUAUAUACAUGUACGCCUAUAUAGUGCUUUAUAUUGCACCGAUUUCAUAUAUAUAGACUCAGCAAGCAACUGGAAAUCACCACCGGAGAGUCGGAGAGGAGCUCGCGGGCCUGCCAUAAAGUCAUGUUCAUAAUUAAGGUCUUAUUGUUUGUUUUCUUCAUCAUUUUCUAUAUUUUUUUUUAGCACGAGAUCCAGUCGAUCGAUCACACACAAAAACAUAAAAACAUAAACAUUUUAUAAAGCGCAUCAUAGGACGUGCUCUUCGCGUGCGGAGAGAAAGCUUCUUCUAUUGGAAAUUACACCCUAACUAUUAACAAAUUAUAAUAAACGAUUAUUGUGAAUGAAAUAAACGCAA